AUGGUUGGAGGAGGUGACCUAAACGAAAAUGGAGGGAAAGCUGUAGGAAACGAAAUAAAUGAGAAUGAAGUUGGAGGUAUGGGAAACGGAAAUGAAGGAGAAGCUAUGGGAAAUGGAAUAAACGAAAAUGGAGGAGAAGCUAUAGAAAACAAAAUAAUUAAAAAUGAAGGGGAAGUGGUAGGAAACGAAAUAAAUGAAAAUGAAGUAGGAGGUAUGCCAAACGAAAAUGGAGGAAAAGUUGUGGGAGACGAAAAUGAAGGAGAUGCUAUGGUCGGAGUCGAUGCCGGAAACGAAAAUGGAGGAGAUGAAAUUGGCGAAUGGAAUUAUUAUGUGCCGAGUUUUGGGUUUUUAAUUCACCUAUAUGACUUUCUUGAACGGGACAAUCUGCCGCCUUGGGAUGAGCCUCGGAAUGAUGAUGAUGAUGAUGAUGAUUAUUAUGAACCAGAAAUUCCUCUUCAUUACGACAACUAUAAUGAAUACCACGAGGCCAUGAACGCAUUGAACGUAGAAUAUGAUGAAGACGUUGAGGAUGAAAAUGAUGAAGACGUGAUGGAUGAAGAUGAGGGUGGAGCCGGAGUUGAAGAUAUUGGCGGAGAUGAAAAUGAUGUUGGAGGCAAAGAGCCUGGCCAAACCAAUCAGCAAGAAGCUCCAAGGACUCUACCCAUAGAAGAUCAAAUUUCAGUGAAAAGAAUAUCGAAUUUUGAUGAUGAUGAUGAGUAA